GACAUCUCAACAAACGUCGUCGUCUGCUGAUGACGUGCGCGGGGUUUUCCGGGUGCGACGGCUUGAGAUGUAGGCUAGCAGGCUAACCGAAUAACGUCGAAACACAGAUACUACAGCGCUGUUGACUAACGUCGAGAGUCGGAGGGUGGGAAGUCGAACAUGAAGGGGGUAAACGAUUCAUUUUACAAGGGGUGUUUCUGAAAGUGAAGUCGCCGUGAUCUACAUAGAUUGAUAUAGCUAAAAAUAAAAUGUCAACAACGCGGCCCCUCCUCGGGAUGAAGCGAAUCACCGAGGUAACCUGCACAGAGCCGCCGGGAGGCAGGCAGUCCCCGACCGCCUGCAGAAAGCAGUCCGAGCCGCUCACCGUAGACGAGUUCACGGUACAUGAGGACAAGCAGACAGAGCUCAGAUGCAGCAAACCGAAAGUCGAACAGGUUUUCCAAGUGACAUUCACGAUUAUUGGGCUCUUGGAUCACACUGGAGCCCACGGAAGUAAGGCUUCCAGGCAGAUCUGGCUCCAGCUGAAGGGAAAAAAGGAGGAUGUGUCAAAAGCGAAGGAGUAUGUGAAAGGACUAUGUGACCCAGAGCUUCAGAAGGAAGAAUGGUACCCGGUGGACAUGCACUGCAUUUUUGCUGGUGCUCGUGGACUCUUUUUAGACCGGCUGCUUAGAGACACGAGUGCAGAGGUCCAAGUUCUGGAGCCGGGUCGUCUGAGGUUGAGCGGGCGUGCGGAGGCUGUCGUCAUGGCUCAAAGUCGUGUUCAACAGUUUGUCGCUCUCUUUCAGGAGAAGCGAAGCUUGCCGGCUGACAGAGAGCCCUUGGUUAAGCGCACUUUUAAGACUUUUGUGGAGGACCGGGCUGAUAAAUAUGCCAUGGAGCUGCUUUUGCUGCCCACUGCCCUCAAAGAGGAACUUUUGGGCUUGGCCCAAAGCCCCACGCAGCCUAUAGCUAUCAUAGACCUUGAGCAGGACCGCUCCCAGACUAGCACACCUGUAACAGACCUCUCCAACCGUAUCCUGGACACCACGUUUGAGGAUAAAACCUCAGGUCCUGCCACCACUCCUGAUGUUAUGCCUGGUCUGAAUGGUCGGCCUUGCAACAAGCGGCGGUCCUCUGGAAGCGAGCAGAGGGACACUAAGAGGCAAUACUCAUUGGAGAGGAGAGAAGAGGAGCAGUUGGAUGAGCGACAGCGAGAGCCAAGCCAAACUUGGACAGUUGCGCCUGCGAAAGGGAUGCUAGCAACUAGUGAAUUGACAAAUGAAAGUGAGGUGGUGAGUCCUGAGACUAACUUGCGCUGUCUUGUUAACUUCUUCCGAACCAUGGGCUACCAGCAGGAGGUGGUGGAGCGGGUGGUGCGUGAGACGGGGCAGACAGAAGACACGUUUUUACUUCUGGAACGAAUAGUGGAAGAGACUCAAAAGACCCAGAGAACACAAGGAACACAGUGCACUUCUCGCACUCCCGACCCGAUGCCCUGCGCAAACGCCUUGUCCACCUCUACCUGCAUCAGGCUCAAAGAGAAGGAACGGGCACAGAUGCGAGCUCUUGCAGAGAUCAAGAGCAAAGAAAACAUUAGACCACCUAGCACUAAUGGCAUAGGUCAGAAGAACCAGACAAGCAGUGUGCCACUGGCUUCUGCCACUCUUAAAAGAAACAAUGGUGCACAGACUGAUGUGUGUGAAGUGAUCAUCAUUGAUGACGAUGAUAACGACUUCACAGAGACAGAGAGGAAGCCUCGAAUGGCUGCACUUGAUUUGAAGACAGAGUCCCGGUUUGACUACUUGCCCCGUGGUAGCUCUCAAACAAUGGUUCCAGUCCGGAUGGAGAGUGUGACCAAUCUCCGCAGCUCCUCUCAAGGCCCUCCUCUCCGGAGCACCGAAACACGACCAGGAUGCUCUUACCAGACGCUCCCUGGAAGGGCACCUUUACCUCGCUCUGAGGCACAUAGCACCUCUAAACCAGCACCCCUCACCGGCAUAUCUCGGUUCCAGCAGUCCCUGAGAACCCCCUACCGACUAGUCCUACAAAAUGAACCGGGCUGCUCAGAUCUGCGACACAUCAUCAUCGAUGGGAGCAAUGUGGCAAUGGCGACAGGUGUGACUGAUGCUUUUUUUGGAGACAAUUUGAGGGAGUGUGAAAACGUUGGUGUUGUUGAAUGUAACUCACUGUAUGGAUUUUUCAGACUCUUACAGUUCACCUUUGUAGAAGAUCACUUUAUGAUCCCAGAUGACCCACUUGGAAAGAAUGGACCUCACCUAGAUGAGUUUCUAUUUAAAGACCGUCGAGGUAGUCCCAUAAUGGCCCCACCAAGGACAGACCUUCGGGCAACCCCGUCAGUAUACGCCUCGGCAGCGCAGUCCACAGCACAUCCCUCUUCCCCUUCCCACUGGCCACACUCUGGACCUCCAGACUGGCACCUUCCUCGACUGUCCCCUUCUCCACCUCCACAGCGGUCACCCUCAGAAACCACAGAGCUCAAAAGGAAGUUGUACGACAUCUUUCCUGACCAAAAGCAGCGUAUUGACCGUAUCCUCAGCGACAACCCAUAUAUGAGGGACCUGAAUGCUCUGUCGGGCCUUUUGCUGGGCUGACACACUUUUACACCCAAAAUUGUGGUUUUCACUCUUGUGCAUGGAGGUCACAGGGCUUUUUUCAUUAUUAAGGAAUAUCAUGAUGGAAAAGCGCUGCUACAAGCUUGUAUUUGUUCAAGGGACUUUGUUCAAGCUUUUAUUUGUUCCAUCAACUAAUUUAGAUUAUGAUAUCCGGGGCCCUCUGAUCGACUGCAAGCACAAAAACCUAAGUUAUAAGUUGUUUAAUCGCUUUAAAUAUACGAGAAUGUACAGUCCGAAUGGCAUAUAUUUGAUGUAAAUAUUUGUGAACACAACAGUUGUUUUGAACUGGCUUUGCUUUAAUUACUGCUGAAGGACAAUUUUGAUUUGCAGUUUUUGAUAUGAUUGUGCUUUAUCGAAUUUCUGUUUUUGUAAAUAUUGACAUUAUUGAGCCAACUGAGUACUAGUUUCCAGUCACUCAAAGUGCCCCACUGAAGUGCCCUGUCAUCUGCUUGCAGGACAAAAUUGCUCAUUUCCUGUUCACUAAUUUUAGUUCCCGUUAAUUUUGGUGAUGGUGACGAAUUGCUAUGCUGUUUCUAGGAAUCCCUGGAGACCCCCUGUAUCACCCAAGAGACUGUGAAACAGUUAAAUGGUUUAAAAAGUUUCCAGAUUACUCAGUGACCUGGCACGUCCCUUCCUCUGCCCUGUUGUGCAAGUCACUGUUAAUAUCAAACAGGAAACCAAAGCUGUCAUUGAUGUAAACCUUUGUCCCAGUUUUGACCAUCGUCAAAACCCACGGAAGCGUCACAGACUCGGCAGGCACUGUGGGUAUCUCACAGUAUGGCUGCUGAAAACCUUUUUCUUUUUCUGGAAGGCAGUGUUAAUAAAGGCCAAUUAUGUGUUUAUCAGGAA